UUAAAGACUGCGAGGACGCGCCGUGCGCCUCGCUUUCUUCCACAGUCCGCGCGCGUCCCUUAAACGUUUCUUACUUUUUAAUCAUUUAUCGCAGUCUCGCGUAAUCCCCUGCCCGCGACAGAAUCAUGACCGUCGGUUAAACUAUUGCGAACGAACUUUUCCUAAGUUCUCCGCGUCUCGGUAUUCCUACAAGUUACCCUGGAAUGUGAUAACUCGAAGGCGAUCCGUGUUUCCAGCUUGCUCGGCAUCUUCUUACCAAGGAAGAGAGACCUCCAGCCAGGAGCAUUUUUUCAACGAACUUCGAUACGCAAACCCGCCAAAUGGUCCACGAGGCGAGCAAAAAGAACUCCCGAGUCCCUUCGAAGGAACGCAAAAGCGACAGGAGAUGAGGGAUGCCGUUUUGCAGAAACGAAGUAAUAACGUAGCCACCCCGAAGUCUAAACCGACCCUCGAAAUUUAUCGACCUCCAGGUGUGAGGACAGACGGAACCACGGCUACCUCUCCCAAUCCGCAAUUGAACGUUCACGCCAAGGAGUUCACCAUGAAGCAUAACGACGCACAUCCUUCCAAAUCCCACGGGAACUCGGAGCGAUCCUCGUUUUAUCUGCAGCACAGUAAAUCGAGCGGCAAUGUGCAGAAGUACAUGUAUCAACAGCAGCAGCAGCAAACGCUUCAGCAUCAAAUUCUGCAUCAGAAUUCUCAUCAUUCCCAGACGAGUUAUCACCCCUUAUCGACGAGCUCUUCGGUGCGGCAUCUACACGCCCUCAACACUUCCGCGUCCAGCGGAAACAUUUUGCACACCACGGGCAGAGUGCACUUCAACGUGGACCAAGCCGACUCGAAGCCAGCAAACGCGACGAAGCCUGGAAAACUCACGAAGUCAUUGUCCUUCGUCUCUUCCUAUGGUCUGAAACGAUCGAAAAGUCUCAAUUCGGCGGACGUACUUGCGGCGAAGGCUAUGAACAUCUCGGACGCCCUGGAACUUGGAAAGUUCCCGCAAGCUACUCAAGAGACUCUCGUAAAAGCUAUCGAGGAUCCAAACCUUUUAAAUUCUCGAGCUCUGAUGGAACUGGUGCGGCAUAUCCUGGACAGGGUCGUGGAGAACCGAAAAUACGCGGAACCUGCGGCCAAAAUAUGCAUCACGAUUAUCGAGAAAGAAGUAAAAGAGACUUUUCUGGAGUCUCUUUUAAACAUGUGCCAGCAGUGGUACCAGGAACGCAGCAGAGUCCUUCAGGAUGCGACGACGUGUCGGCAUUAUUCGGCCUUUAUGUCCUUCCUGAAUGAAAUGUACUGUCAGUUAAAGCGACGUCAGUUGCAGUUGAAGACGCAACACGAAGGAGUUCCUCCGGGACGAGUUCUGUUGACGUUGCUUUGGAAAUGCUGUCAGGAUUGUUUGCGACCACCCAUGAUAAACUCUCUUGCCGAGACGGACUGCCUAUUUUUCAUCCUGACGUGCGUCGGCAAGGACCUGGACUCGGAGCUCCCGGCACAAUUGCAGCAACUCCUGGGCAGCGUGAGAGACGCCUUUUUGGCAGAACAAACGACGCUCCCAGCUGUGAGAAGGACGCUUUUACAGCUGAUCGAACUGCACGCGGCACAUUGGCAGCUGCCAGCACCAGCCGUAAUUUAUUAUUACCCCGGAGCGCAAAAGUGAUUUUUACGCAUCUCGUGACCGGCCCAACGGAGGCGCCGGAAACCUGGAAGUGCUCGCAAGACGAUGUAACGUUCUCCUCGAGGAUGAGAAAGAGAAAAAUAAAGAAUCCUGGGAGAUUUACGGCGGAACGAUGUCCCUCCCAUCUGGAAGAGUGCGCCGAGUCUGUCGGUUCGCUGAGGAUUUAUCGGAAAUCUAAGAGCACCGACGCAAUCGCCUGACGACUUAGAAAGGAGGACGUCCGUAUACGUCCGAGGAUAUCGAGGACGUGCAAACGGAGACCUCGUUGACCUUUGUCAGGUGUACCGACUCUUUCUUGCCCACGCAGAAAAGUACCUCCGCGCAUACCUUAGAAUUCCUUUAUUUGUUUCUUUAAUUGCCAAGAUUUGCAUCGGGCGUACCGCGGGUCAGGGACGAGAAUGCAUUAUACUCCAUGUGCGUGGUUUAAAAUUAGCGAAAUCGUUAAAUACAAAGUAAGGACUCUGUACAAGAAAAAGAAAAAAUUUCUACCAACGGAGAUUCGCGUGCUCGAAAACGGUAGUACUUCUGAAGUGGACUGAGGAUUUUCACGAGACUGCUAAAACCGUUGUUAAAUAGAGUCAUUAACUUUAUGCCAUGCUUUGCGGUUAUUCGUUACGAGUGGACAUGAAAAAAUUCAAAGCUGACACCAACUGCACAACUAGGGUAAGGCUACGUGCGGUUGGCGCAAAAGGACGCGUAAAUGCGUGAACGCCGAUCGCAUAUGGUUUUACUCCUCGAAGCGUAAUUAAACCACCGAAGGCGAUGGAUGAUGGAAUUAUGCGUGUGCACGCGGGUUGAAGGAUAGGCUCGUAUUUCACAUGGAAUAUUCCGUAUCGACGUACUUGUGUCAAUUUGUUUUUCCCGAUGACUUCGUGCCUACUCCUUUACGUUUAUUUGUAACUACACAUUUUUCUUUAAUAUAGCAGGAUUUUGCUAUACACAUGUGCUGCGUGCUCUACUUGCGGUUCGGUUAGUUGUACAAGUAGACGAUAGAUCGCGUUAAAAUACCGCUCUGGUAUCACAAACGCGCCGACAAUGCGAGGGCAAGAGGGAGGCCGACGUUACCGACCCCCCGCGAACUUCUUUCAAAAAUCCCGAAAUAACCCUGGAAAAUACGGUUUCUCCCGAAAUAUGUACUCUUAUGUAAUCCUCGAGGAUCCAUUGGAGACCAUUUUGGCGAUUCGAUGCGUCCGUCGUGCGCUCGAAUGGCGUUUCCGUGGCGCCCGGUAGCCGAGAGUUUGCGGGCUACGAAAAUUCCCAAUUGGCUCAUUAAUUAAAUUAAAUCAUAAAUUAAAUAACGAUCCUUCGAGCGAUCUCUUCAAUUUUUCACGGAGGAUAGCGACCGCUUGUCGCUAUCGACGUGAUCGAUUAAUUGGAGACGUUUCGGCGGGACCUGGCCGACAGGUCGAUGAUCGUAAUUACGGUCUCUCCUGUGAAUCAAUGAUGACGGCAAAGCCCGGACUCAUCCCAUCGUCGUUAUUAAUGAUUCCCGGUUAGCGACGCGGCAUUAAGCCUUUUUUUACCGCGGCCGCUCGUUGCGGAGAAAAGUCUUGCUUAAUUCGCCUCUGCCUCGUGGCCUCGACGAUCAUUGACGUCGAUUCGAAGCGAUUCGCGGUGAUUAGGGUUAAGUGUCGUUCCAGUCGCCGGCAAAAAUCUCGAGGUUUAUGUAAAGUCCCUAACGCGUCCGUUUUAACGGGUUGAGCCGCUCCACGUGUCGCUCUUAACGAUCCCGUUUCCAGGAUUAAUUGUUAACCGGGCGCUGUAAUCCGCUUUCUUAAGGCAACACUCGUAAUGAUUUAAUGACUCGUCGCUGCGGUAUUCCUCGCCGAGCAUCCGGCAUGACUUAAUUCGGGUGUUGCGUGUCAAAGGA